AUGUAUUUCUAUCAACAAAUUUCUCGCAAACUUUCAAGUCUAGCAGCACACUCACAUUUGAUCAAUUCCAAUAUCGUAACUUUAGUUCAGCGAGGACAGUGCGUAGAUGCCUUGCAAUCCUACUCUAGAAAUCCACUAAACGCUACCAAAUACCAAUACCCUUCUCUCCUCAAGGCCUGUGCUUUCCUUUCAAACCUUCAAUAUGGAAAAACAAUUCAUUCUACAAUAAUCACCAAAGGCUUCUUAUACUCAGAUCCUUAUAUCACUACCUCACUUAUUGAUAUGUAUUUUAAAUGUGGGUCAUUUGGGGAUGCAGUUAAUGUGUUUGAUAAAUUGCCUGACAGUGAAGUUUCCGUCCAAGAUGUAACCUUUUGGAAUUCUACACUCGAUGGGUACUUCCGGUUUGGACAUAUAAAGGAAGGUAUAGCUCAUUUUUGUAGAAUGCAAUUAUUUGGUGUUAGGCCUGAUGCCUACUCAUUGUGUAUUCUACUUGGUGCGUCUGGUGGACAUUUGGGAUAUGCCAAGCAAAUUCAUGGUUAUAGUGCUAGAAACGUGUUUUAUUGUGACCCUUAUUUGGAUAGUGCACUAAUUGAUAUUUACUUCAGUUGUGGUAGAGCUAUGGAUGCGUGGUGUUUGUUCAAAUAUUUGGAAGACAAGGGCAAUGUUGUAGCAUGGAAUGUGAUGAUUGGAGGAUUUGGUGAGAAUGGCUUGUGGGAAAAUAGCUUGGAAGUAUAUUUCUUAGCAAAGAAUGAAAAUGUCAAAUUUGUUUCAGCAUCCUUUACUAGUACUCUAAGUGUUUGUUGUCAAGGUGAAUUUGUUAGUUUUGGCAGGCAGGUUCAUUGUGAUGUGGUUAAGCUGGGUUUUGUGGAUGACCCUUAUGUUUGUACUUCUCUUUUGACUAUGUAUUCCAAGUGUAAAUUGGUUGAAGAUGCUGAAAAUGUUUUUCAUCACGUUUCUGAGAAAAAGACUGAAUUAUGGAAUGCAAUGAUCUCAGCAUAUGUUGGUAAUGGAUGCGCUUAUGAUGGUUUGAAAACUUACAGACAGAUGAAGUUGCUUAAAAUUCUACCUGAUUCUCUUACAGUGACAAAUAUUUUAUCAUCUUGCAGUUUGGUUGGUUCAUAUGAUUUUGGUAGGCUUAUUCAUACAGAGUUAGAAAAAAGACCUAUUCAAAGUAAUGUUGCUUUACAAAGUGCUCUGUUGACCAUGUACUUGAAAUGCAGUAGUUGUGAUGAUGCUAAUUCAAUUUUUAACACAAUAAAGAAAAGGGAUGUAGUUGCAUGGGGCUCCAUGAUAUCAGGUUUUUGCCAAAGGAGGAAAUACAAGGAGGCUUUGGAGUUUUACAACUCAAUGAUGGUAUAUGGGGAGAAACCAGAUUCGGAUAUUAUGGCAAGCAUUGUGAGCGCUUGUACAGGACUAGAGAAUGCCAAUCUGGGUUGCACAGUCCAUGGAUUUGCUAUUAAAAGUGGGGUGGAACAGGAUGUUUUUGUUGCAAGUUCUCUGGUUGAUAUGUACUCCAAAUGCAAUUUCCCAAAGAUGGCUGGAAAUGUAUUUUCCGAUAUGCCGCUUAAGAACCUUGUGGCUUGGAAUUCUAUAAUAUCUUGCUAUUGCAGGAACGGUCUCCCAGACUUGUCCAUUAGUCUUUUUUCUCAAAUUGCACAGUAUGGCUUGUCUCCAGAUUCUGUCUCCAUUACAAGUGUCCUUGUUGCUGUUUCGUUGGUUGCAGCACUGCUUAAAGGAAAGGCAGUGCAUGGGUAUCUGAUAAGACUCAGGAUUCCAUCUGACCUUCAACUAGAGAAUGCGCUAAUUGAUAUGUAUAUCAAGUGUGGAUUCUUGAAAUAUGCACAUCAUAUCUUUAAAAACAUGGCUCAAAAAAAGUUGGUUACCUGGAAUUCAAUGAUUGCCGGUUAUGGAUUACAUGGGGAUUGCUUGAAAGCAAUAAGAUUAUUUGAUGAGAUGAGAAGUUAUGGAAUCGCACCUGAUCAUGUAACUUUUAUUUCUCUUCUGACAUCUUGUAACCAUUGUGGUUUUGUUGAGGAAGGGCUAAAAAUGUUUCGAUUGAUGACAGUGGAGCAUGGGAUUGAACCAAGAUUGGAGCAUUAUGUAAAUAUUGUUGACCUCUUGGGCCGUGCAGGACGCCUGGAUGAUGCUUAUGCUUUUGUGAAAAACUUGUCCAUUGAACCUGACAGGAGUAUCUGGCUAUCCUUGUUAUGCUCAUGCAGAGUGCAUCGUAAUCUUGAGCUUGGGGAGGUGGCAGCUCAUAAGCUAUUGGAGAUUGAACCAAGUAGGGGCAGCAAUUAUGUUCAACUUCUGAAUCUUUAUGGAGAAACUGAAUUGCAGGAAAGGGCUGCAAACUUGCGGGCAUCAAUGAAAGAAAAGGGCUUGAAGAAGAGUCCUGGAUGCAGUUGGAUUGAAGUUGGGAAUAGCAUUUAUGUUUUCUUCUCUGGAGAUAGCUCAUCUCCAAGAACAAUAAAGAUCUAUGACACGUUGAAUAGUCUUAGGAGGAACAUGCGAAAGAAAGGAGGUCAUUAUGGAAGUUUUGAGGCCUUGUAA